AUGGCGUUCUCCUUGAGUUCCAUGCGCAUCCUUUCAAAAAGUUGUUUCAAAAAGUUGUACAGCAGAAAUUUGGUACAUUUUCAAAAAUUCAGUUCUAAUAUUGAUUCAACGACACUGAAGAAUGAGAAGCAGGAUGCUGCAACCAUUCCCAACAACUCUUCUUCCACAGACAAACAGGAAGACAAAAAAGAUGUUAACAUUUUAAAUGCUGAACUUUUAGAGGAGAAAUCAAAAUUAACUCUACAAUUAGAAGAAAUCAAAGACAAAUAUAAAAGAGCAUUAGCAGAAACAGAAAAUGUGAGGCAACGGCUGCAGAAACAAAUAAAAGAUGCUAAAAUAUUUGGAAUUCAAGGUUUCUGUAAGGACCUUCUUGAUGUUGCUGAUAUUUUAUCAAAAGCUACUACCAGCUUAACUGAAGAACAAUUAAAAAAAGAAAAUAACCCAGCUCUAAAUUCUCUUUAUGAGGGAUUAAAAAUGACUGAAGGGCAACUUAUGAAAGUAUUCUUAAAGCAUGGUUUAGAAAAAAUUGAUCCAUUAGUAGGUGAGAAGUUUAACCCAAAUUUGCAUGAGGCAUUAUUUCAACAGCCAUUACCAGAUGCUGAUGCCGCCAAACACGGUGAUGUAGUUUUAACGGCUGGCUCCAUCGCGGCUGUUAGUAAAGUUGGUUACAAACUACAUGAUAGGACCAUCAGAGCCGCACUUGUUGGAGUAUUCAAAUGA